AUAAUAUUAAAUACAUUAUGUUUAAAUGUAACUCGUAAAUGUAAAAGUAAGAGUUCAAUAACGUUGAUUUAACUUUAUGUUCAAGCCUAUAGUAAUUCUAAAUUAGUAAUAUUACUAUUAUUAGUAUAUAGCACUUAGCAGCAGAAGACCUCAUUAAUUAACGUCAAUAUAUUGUUUUAGUAAAACUAAAAUUUCAAGCUUUAAAAUAAUCUAAUUUACUGAAAACAGCUAAGUAGUUAUCGUAAUUGGGGAUAUAAUAGACUAUUUUGUAACCAGUGAGAGGGCAUGUCAUUCCAGCAACAGUAACUAGGGCACUUUUCUAGGCUAUAUCAUUCAUUGGGAAGGCCAUACACUGAAAGUAGAGUCUGUAAAUUCUGAGGUGAAAAUCAGAAUUGAGCAAAUUGACAACAACCAUGGCAACAUCUUUGUUGUACCAAGCCCUACGCUCUUUCGUACACUUAAAAUCAUUUGGAAAUCUUCAAACAAUACAAUGUGCCCAGCAGUUUUGGUCUUCUGAGCCAAAUUUUUUGUCACAUUAUAUCAGUGUCAGGUUUCGUUAUAGAAAGAUUCGGGGAGGCGGUAGACCUCUUCCCUGGUAUGUUCCAACACCAACUCCAAGAAUCUAUGGAUGGAAAGCUAUUUUACCAAAUGAUGAAAAAUAUACAACCAAGCCAUUACCAGUUGUCAAGCUAGGGGGCCGAGUACCAGAGACAGGUCGAGUAGCUGUUCGGACACUAGGUGGAGGACAUAAAAAGUUGUAUAGAUGGGUGGAUAAUAAGAGACAUGGACCAACAGCAGGACAUCCAGUAGAAGAAAGAGUAUUUCAUGUACGAUAUGAUCCUUGUCGAACUGCUAAGAUAGCCCUUGUUGCAUCAGGAUCCAAAAAACGGUGGAUCUUAGCAACAGAUGGUGUGAAAGCUGGCGAUAUAUUACGAACAACAGGCCACAUUCCUCGCAUAUCAGUUCGACCUAAAGAAGGAGAUGCUCAUCCUCUAGGAGCUCUUCCAAUUGGAACUCUAAUUCACAGUAUUGAAGUUGUUCCUGGAAAAGGAGGAUUGUUCUGUCGAGCUGCGGGAUCCUGUGCCCAACUUCUGCGGAAGGUUGAUAAAUGUUGUAUUGUUCAGUUACCUUCUAAGCAAGAAAUCUCGUUACCUGAAGAAUGUAUGGCUGUAGUGGGAAGAGUUUCAAAUAUAGACCACAAUAAGAAACCAAUAGGAAGUGCAAACAGAAAUCGUUGGCUUGGAAGACGACCACGGUCUGGCUGGUGGCAUAGAAAAGAUGGCUACUGUGGUCGUAAAAUUAAACCACUACCACCAGUUAAAGAAUUUGGUUAUGUUCCUGAACCUAAACCAGAAGUUUACAAAUUAACUUUUUAAUAGCUAAAUUAAACCUCAUUCAGUGUGCUAUGUAGAGCAAGAACUUUUUAUGUUCAUUAGCAAAGACAUUUGUAAAAUAAAGAUGUAACAUUAGCCAAGAUAUGGAUAUAUAAUGUUAUGUUUGAAAAUAUACAAAAAAUAAGCAUUUCAAGAAUGGAACAGGAAGUGGAAAUAUUGUUCAAUAAAUAAGUAAGAAUUCAAAAUUGGUACACAGUUAUUGUCAGUAAAUAUUUAAGUAAUUCUAGUUUUUUGAAACUGAAAAUAAGGUUACGAGUAUAACAAUUGGAAACAUACUCCUGUCAGCAGAUGUGGCCAAUGGGGGAAGGAGUGUAGAAUGAUAAGCAACUACCUUACCAAGGUAAUUUAAAUUAACCCAGCUAUUUUACAAGCAGAUACCAGUGUUUCUAACCUUGAAGGUUUAGUAAUUUCUGUUCAUAAUUCGAAUCUGCCAUUUGAUAAAAAUUAAAAGGUGAUUUGAAUAAACAAGUAAAAUCAUGGCUAAUUUCACAAAUAAUUCCAGAAUUAUAUUUGUACACUCCACAAAAAAAUUAUGUUAUAAUACUGCAAUUAAGAAUAGUUAAUACAGAUUUUGUGAGUUAUGACUUCAUUGUUCAGAAAUAACAUUGAGAUAGAGCAUACAG